CGGGGAGGGGUCCGGUCACGGCUCGCCGGUUGGUCCGCGCGGGCUAUGCUCGCGGCGCCGUGCGGCCAAUAGGCUGCGCGUUCUCGGCCACGCCCGCGCGAGCUCUCUUCUCGCGAGGCCGGUUAGGCCCGAAUGUCGUUAGCCGUGGGGAAAGAUGGCGGAAAAUUUAAAAGGCUGCAGUGUGUGUUGCAAGUCGUCUUGGAAUCAGCUACAGGACCUGUGCCGUCUGGCCAAGCUCUCCUGCCCUGCCCUCGGCAUCUCCAAGAGGAAUCUCUAUGACUUUGAAGUCGAGUACCUGUGUGAUUACAAGAAGAUACGCGAACAAGAGUAUUACCUGGUAAAAUGGCGUGGAUACCCAGACUCAGAGAGCACCUGGGAGCCACGGCAGAAUCUCAAGUGUGUACGCAUUCUCAAGCAGUUCCACAAGGACUUAGAAAGGGAGCUGCUCCGGCGGCACCAGCGAUCAAAGCCCCCCCGGCACCUGGACCCAAGCUUGGCCAACUACCUGGUACAGAAAGCCAAGCAGAGGCGGGCGCUCCGGCGCUGGGAGCAGGAGCUCAAUGCCAAGCGCAGCCACCUGGGACGCAUCACUGUGGAGAAUGAGGUGGACCUGGACGGCCCCCCGCGGGCUUUUGUAUACAUCAAUGAGUACCGUGUUGGUGAGGGCAUCACCCUCAACCAGGUGGCGGUGGGCUGUGAGUGCCAGGACUGUCUGUGGGCCCCCGCUGGAGGCUGCUGCCCUGGGGCAUCGCUGCACAAGUUUGCCUACAAUGACCAGGGUCAGGUGCGGCUGCGUGCCGGGCUGCCCAUCUACGAGUGCAACUCCCGCUGCCGCUGUGGCUAUGACUGCCCCAACCGUGUGGUACAGAAGGGCAUCCGCUAUGACCUCUGCAUCUUCCGCACGGAUGACGGGCGUGGCUGGGGCGUCCGUACGCUGGAGAAGAUCCGCAAGAACAGUUUCGUCAUGGAGUACGUGGGAGAGAUCAUUACCUCAGAGGAGGCGGAGCGGCGGGGCCAGAUCUACGACCGCCAGGGCGCCACCUACCUCUUCGACCUGGACUACGUGGAGGACGUGUACACCGUGGAUGCCGCCUAUUAUGGCAACAUCUCCCAUUUUGUCAACCACAGUUGUGACCCCAACCUCCAGGUGUACAACGUCUUCAUAGACAACCUUGAUGAGCGACUGCCCCGCAUCGCUUUCUUUGCCACAAGAACCAUCCGGGCAGGCGAGGAGCUCACCUUUGAUUACAACAUGCAAGUGGACCCCGUGGACAUGGAGAGCACCCGCAUGGACUCCAACUUUGGCCUGGCCGGGCUCCCCGGCUCCCCCAAGAAGCGGGUCCGUAUUGAAUGCAAGUGUGGGACUGAAUCCUGCCGCAAAUACCUCUUCUAGCCCUUUGAAGUCUGAGGCCAGACAGUGGGGGCCUAAAGCCGCCUGCCCCACCCACCCACCCACUGCUGCCCUCCUGUUGAGGAAUGACUGCCAGGGCCUCCUGCCUGCCUCUACCUGCCCCCACCUGUUCCCACCUGCCCCGUGCUUGGGGAUGUGGGGUUACGGUGAGGACUGACUCUAGGAGUCCCCUUUCCCCAUCCCAGCCCUAUCUGUGGGUUGCACUUACAAAUCCCUACCCACCUUCAAAAGUAAUUUUUGAACACCAGGACUUUCUGCGGUUUUUGAUUCAUGGCCUAAUCAAGGAGGUCUAAGGGGUGAACCCCAGCCUGGCCCCAGAACAGAAGAAUGUUUGUUUUUGCACCUGCUUCUGCCUGGAGCUUGAGAGGUCUGUUGCAGGCCCUCUCCCUACUGCCCCAAGGGUGUGGGGAAGCAGCCCCAGGGCAGGCUGACAUUAGAGCCCUGAGUUCCCAGCCCUCUUGUUUCCCCUACCACAGAAACUUUGUGCUAGUGAAAGAAAGAAGAUCUCCAGGGCUGAGGCUGUGGCUGGUUUUUGCUCAUGCUCCUGUGCCGGCUAGUGUUGGGCCUAAGAGCUGUAGGGUCUCUUUUUCAGGGUUGCACAUCUGAGAAGUGGACACUCCUAUGCCACUGGAAGAGAAGUGGGUGCCCAUGGCCCACUGACCAGUGAGAGGAACGUAGUCCAGACUUUGCCAGCCCUUGAGGUGGACUGGGUCUGAACUCUGUCUCUGGUAGUGCAUAUAAAAAAGGCACCCAGGGCUUUUGAGAGUGGAGGGUACUGGGACCCCUGACCUGGGGCAUGAUGACUGCUGGGACUUCUUAGUGCUGGAACCAGGACCUAGCUAGGCUGUAGAUAGCACUUAGGACAAAAAUGUGCAUUGAUGGGGUGUUGAUGAGGUGCCAGGCACUGGGCAGAGCACCUGAUCCAUGUGGAUUGUCUCAGGGAAGCCUUGAAAACUAUGGAGGUGGACCCCAGGAAAGGGUGCAUGUGGCAGAAGGCAAAGUACAGGCCAAGACUGGCAGGGGGCAGCCAUGGUUUACCCAUGAGAGUAUGGUAAGGUAAGAGGGAAGUCUCUGCCACCUGCUGGCCUCAGCCCCCAAGCCCUCUGCACUCACCUUGGGUCCACUGGUCUCAAAAGUGACCUGUCCACAAAUAUACACAAGGCAAAGGCUCUGAUGGCUGCCUUGCCCCUUGCUUCCCCCAUGAGGUCUUCUCUAGGAAGCCUUCCCUGACUACAUGUGCUCAGAGUGCCCCUACGUGAGACUGUGUGCCCUGCCACCAGAUGCCAGAUCUGUGUGUCUGUCUGUGUCUGUGUCUGUGCUCCCUGCCCCCAGACUGACCUUCAGGCAUGGACUGAAUCUGAUUCUCCUCUUGUAUAUCCCUUGGCCCUACCUAGCCCAGGGUGGGCAUCAAUAAAACAAAUCAUUGAACAAA